AUGACGAUGUCAUCCAAAUAUGACAUGCACGUAUCAUCUAACAGAUCACCCAAGAUGUUCCGUAACAUCCUCGAGAAGGCAGCCGGAGCACUGCAAAGUCCCUGUGGGAAGCACCAGGAGCUUAAGAGCGAAGCAAAAAGAUUCCAAUUAGAUAUAAUUGGUGUUUCGUCUACUAAGCAAAGAGGUAGUGGAACUGUGGAUCUUGAGGAAGGGUGGCAACUUUUCCUGUCCGGAGUGGCACCGGAAAUGUCUGCACAGGCGGGUGUGGGGAUACUCACAAGCCCUCGGCUGUCAGACAGGGUUUGUGAUGUCUGGACACACAGUGGGAGAGUGAUGGGUAUCAAGAUCAAACUUGAGAGAUCUUCCCUGGCGGUGUUGCAGGUGUACGCACCGAACGCAUCGUCAGAGUACCCAGCUUUCCUAGAUGAAGUGGAGGAAGUCCUGAAUAAGGCAUCUUCUGAAGCGGAUUCAGUUGUGUUGUUUGGGGAUUUCAAUGCCCAUGUUGGUGUUGACUCUGAGACAUGGAGGGGUGUGAUUGGGAAGAACGGGGAUAAGAGUGAGAACCCGAACGGUAAAAUGUUGCUGGAUUUCUGCGCAAUCAAAGGUUAUUCGAUCAUGAAUACCUUUUUCCAGCACAAGGAGAUUCAUAAAUACACCUGGGAAGACACAAAACGAGGACUUAAGUCAAUAAUUGACUUUGUCUUGGUUCCCGGUGUUGAUAGAAGAAUUGUCCAAGACGUUCGAGUUUUUAACAGUGCUGAACUGUCAACUGAUCACCACCUGCUCUUUGCAAAAAUUAACCUCAACGAAGAUCCUCCCGCUCUACCUAAGGGUAAGAGCAAAGUGCUUAAAUGCAUUAGGUGGGAGAGUCUCAAGAAGAAAGACGUUGAGGAAAAAUUUGUGAAGGGCAUACAGGAAAGGUUUGAACAAAUUCCACAGUCUCCUUCUGACAUAGAGGCUGAAUGGGCCUGCUUCCAAACAGCCAUUUUGGCCUCGGCUACAGAAGCUUGUGGCGUUAAGCGCAUUAAUGUGACGAACAACGUGAAACGGUCAUCUUGGUGGGGAACACCGGGAGUAAAAGAAGCCGUUGGAGAGAAAAAGAAGGCUUACAAGUUGUACAUACAACGUAAGGAUUCUGAUUCUCGUGAUCGUUAUGUUGAGGCGCGAAAGGCUGCAAAGCUCGCAGUUAAAGCCGCUAGAGAGGAGGCGUGGAAAAAGUUCGGUGAAAAGCUGGAGCUUGACUAUAGGUCGGCAAACAAAACUUUCUGGCAAACAGUCCGAAGACUCCGAGGGAAGAAGAGCAAUUCCAUCCAAGGAGUAACAUCCAAGGAAGGGAAUCUUCUGACCAAAGAGGAAGAGGUUUUAAAUCGCUGGAAAGAGUACUUCUCAGAAUUGCUCAAUCCUCAGCAAGGCACUGAUGAUGACGUACCCAGGAGUAAAGGCAGGGAGGAAAGUAGUCCUUCAGAGAGUGAAGUCCUGUUGGUUCAUAGAUUCGGUGCCUAA